GUACAUAGUAACGAGCAGAUCAAUCUCUGAUAUCACGAUACUGUAGAUUUAUAGUUUUAAUUAUUAGCUGGACGUUAUAAACAUCUCGAAGAGAGUUUAGUGUCACAUAGUCAAAUAACGGUAGUUGAAUAUAAGUACUUUGUACAUCGUAUUAUAUUUCAAAUGAUGAAUUUUACGAACAGCGCCAAAAAUAAUAGAAAAGAUAAAGAUAUUUAUACACAACAUCAAGCAGAAUAAGAUUCAAGUCUAUGAAGAACAACCUAUUGGGAUUGAUGUAGAAUGACCCUUAUUAGAAACAUUUGUUAUAAAGUGUAAAACGUAAUUUGUGCAAGGCCGUUGUGAUCGUCAUAAAUCUUCCCUGCCUAAACCGAAGUAAUAAAAAAAUAACCCAGCAGAAUUCAUUUGCACCACAUCUACAUAUAUGUAUACCUAUAUUGAUAUAUACAUUUCAUAUCAGCCGGUUAGAACUAGUGUUGUAACUCAUGCAAAAUUAACCUAUGCGUUUUCCUAAAAUCUAUUAGGAUUAUUGAUAAUUUUAAUAGGACAAUUUUUAUGUGAAAACUUAUAAAAAUGACGAAUCGUAAAUGCGUCGUUCCGUCCUGUUCAUAUCGCAAUCGAAAAAAUUAUGAAGAGAAAAGAUCCAUGUUUCAGUGCCCGAAAGAUGAGCAAAAAGCUCGCAGAUGGGCAUCGAAUAUACCAGGAAUUGAAAUUCUAACACCUUAUCAAUUAGUCUGUGAAAAGCAUUUUGAAUCGAAAUUCAUUAGGCGCUAUUUUGAAAAAAAUUCCAACGUGCCACGAUCCCGUUUAGUUACCGAUGCUGUACCAACUAUAUUUUCUGAAAACAAUAAUACCAGUAGUAAUAAUAGUAAUAGUAAUUACAAAAUAUUGACAGCCUAUUUAGAUAAUAAUAAAAUUAAUUAUCAGACUAAAUCGACAAAUGUAGAGUCAACGUUACAAGAUAUAGUUAAAGAUUUAUCAGCCUCUGAACAACUUCUUUUAACUAUAAAACAAGAAAUGUUUCAAUUCCCAGAAGAUGAGCCUCAACGAAUUAAGUCUGAAAAUUUAGAGGAUCACAUUGAGCAAGUAAAAGAAGAAAAUAGUUUUGAGACAAAAGAACUCACAGUCUAUGAACAGUUGCAGAAAAAUUUUAACUAUUAUGCCAAAUUGCUGCCGGAAUCUUGGAGUAUAUCUCAGUUGCCAAUAGGGAACGAUAAAGUAUUUGCUUUUUCUAAAGAGUGUACCGUUAGUGAAAACGAAGCAUUAGUCGUCAUGUACGAAAAGAAUAUUGUUCUCAAUAGCAGUGGCGAUAUACAUUAUUCCAUUCACGGCAAGACAUUAAAUAAAAAUCAUCCUUACACACCUAAUAUUCUAAAGGAUGUUGGAUCACUUUUAGAUAUAAUAUCAAAGUUUGAUGCCAUAAAAGUUUGUCAAGGAAUUCUAACUAGUGAAUUUGAAGUGGACAAGGACUGUGUUGUUUAUAAAGAUGAUUUGGGAUACUGCCGUCAUACUAAUUGCAUAUUAAUUACAGAUAAAGAGCAGUGCAAUUCAUGUUAUGAAUAUAGUCAGUAUUUAUUAACUAUUAUGAUUAAUAAUAUUCCAGUAUUUAAUAAUGGACCGUUUUCGUUUUAUGAUCAAGUUUAUUAA